GGGCUUCUGAGUGGGCGAAGCAGCGGUCCCUGGAAACAGUUCCGGGAAACCCCGCGUGCUGCCGGGGUCGCGCCGCCGUCCAUGAGGAGAAGGAGGAGCGCGCGCCAUUUGCCGUCGCUGCUUGGGCCCGAGCUGCGCCGCGCCGGCCCCGCUCCGCAUAAUAAAAUGGCUAAUCAGGUGAAUGGUAAUGCGGUACAGUUAAAAGAAGAGGAAGAACCAAUGGAUACUUCCAGUGUAACUCACACAGAACACUACAAGACACUGAUAGAGGCAGGCCUCCCACAGAAGGUGGCAGAGAGACUUGAUGAAAUAUUUCAGACAGGGUUGGUAGCUUAUGUCGAUCUUGAUGAAAGAGCAAUUGAUGCUCUUAGGGAAUUUAAUGAAGAAGGAGCCCUCUCUGUAUUACAGCAAUUUAAAGAAAGUGACCUGUCGCAUGUACAGAACAAAAGUGCAUUUUUAUGUGGAGUUAUGAAGACCUACAGGCAAAGAGAGAAACAAGGCAGCAAAGUACAGGAAUCAACGAAGGGACCAGAUGAAGCAAAGAUUAAGGCUUUGCUAGAGCGGACUGGUUACACUUUGGAUGUAACUACAGGACAGAGGAAAUAUGGGGGUCCUCCUCCAGAUACUGUAUAUUCUGGUGUUCAACCUGGCAUUGGAACAGAGGUUUUCGUUGGUAAAAUUCCCCGAGACCUUUAUGAAGAUGAGUUGGUACCACUCUUUGAGAAGGCUGGUCCAAUUUGGGAUCUCCGUCUCAUGAUGGAUCCUCUUUCUGGUCAAAACAGAGGUUAUGCUUUCAUUACCUUUUGUAGUAAAGAUGCAGCACAAGAAGCAGUCAAACUGUGUGACAACUAUGAAAUCCGUCCUGGAAAGCACCUUGGAGUGUGCAUCUCCGUGGCAAACAACAGGUUAUUUGUUGGGUCAAUUCCAAAGAACAAAACUAAGGAAAACAUAUUGGAAGAGUUUGGUAAAGUCACAGAGGGUUUGGUGGAUGUAAUUUUGUAUCAUCAACCUGAUGAUAAAAAGAAGAAUCGAGGAUUCUGCUUCUUGGAAUAUGAGGAUCACAAGUCAGCAGCACAAGCUCGCCGACGCCUGAUGAGUGGGAAAGUAAAAGUCUGGGGAAAUGUUGUUACAGUGGAAUGGGCUGAUCCAGUAGAGGAACCUGAUCCAGAAGUCAUGGCAAAGGUUAAAGUUUUAUUUGUAAGAAACUUGGCCACUACUGUGACAGAAGAAAUUCUUGAGAAAUCCUUUUCCGAAUUUGGAAAGCUGGAAAGAGUAAAGAAAUUGAAGGAUUAUGCAUUUGUUCAUUUUGAGGACAGAGGUGCAGCAGUGAAGGCUAUGAAUGAAAUGAAUGGGAAAGAGAUAGAAGGGGAAGAAAUUGAAAUAGUAUUAGCAAAGCCACCGGAUAAGAAAAGGAAAGAACGUCAGGCUGCCAGACAGGCCUCCCGGAGCACUGCGUAUGAAGAUUAUUAUUACUACCCUCCGCCUCGCAUGCCACCUCCUAUGAGAGGCCGAGGCCGUGGAGGAAGAGGUGGAUAUGGCUAUCCCCCAGAUUACUAUGCCUAUGAAGAUUAUUACGAUGAUUACUAUGGCUAUGACUAUCAUGACUACCGUGGUGGCUAUGAAGAUCCCUAUUACGGCUAUGAUGAUGGCUAUGCUAUAAGAGGAAGAGGAGGAGGAGGAAGGGGUGGGAGAGGUGCCCCUCCACCACCUAGGGGGCGGGGAGCACCACCACCAAGAGGUAGAGCUGGCUACUCACAGAGGGGGGCACCCAUGGGACCGCCGAGAGGAGCCAGGGGGGGGAGAGGGGGCCCAUCGCAGCAGCAGAGAGGACGCGGUGCUCGCGGAGCCCGGGGCAACCGUGGGGGCAACGUAGGAGGCAAGAGAAAGGCAGAUGGGUACAACCAGCCUGAUUCCAAGCGCCGGCAGACCAACAACCAGCAGAACUGGGGCUCCCAACCCAUCGCUCAGCAGCCGCUCCAGCAAGGUGGUGACUAUGCCGGUAACUAUGGUUACAAUAAUGACAACCAGGAAUUUUAUCAGGAUACUUAUGGGCAACAGUGGAAGUAGACAAGUGAGGAGGGAUUGAGAAUAUUGGAAACAUAGAAUUGGCUAUAGCUCUACAUCUUUCAAAAAAAAAAAAAAAAAAAUUGGCUUAAUGUUUCAUCCUUCAGUAGCGAUUGGCUGCCAUUUGUAUUGGGCUGAAGAAUCACUCUAUUGUGUAUAUACUCGAGUCUCUUAGUUUUCUUUUUUCAUAAACGCACUUGGACAUUACUGGGCUUGCAGAAUUCCUGAACUCCAUAUGGGGUUUCAGCGCUUUUAUCAUUUUAGGCUUCAUUUUAGCAGUUUAAAAGCAGGAAUGGCACACUGUUCAAUCAUGAUUUUGCAGAACCUCUGGUUUUGGACAGUUUCUAUUUUUUUUUUUUUUAAUUUUUUUUUUUUUAAUUUUUUUUUUUGAUUUGGGAUAGACUACAUAGGAGUAUGCUGUACAUAAAAGUAAAAGCUAGUGCUUUGUCUUAGUAGUUUUAAGAAAUUACAACAAAUUAAGUUUUCUUGUAUUGAAAAUAACAUGAUUGUAUGUUUUGCAUUCCUAGAAGUAGGAUAACUGUGUUUUUAAAUUGUUAUAACUUCACACCUUUUUGAAAAUCUGCCCUACAAAAUUUGUUUGGCUUAAAACGUCAAAGCCGUGGCAAUUUGUUCCUUGAUGUGAUUGUAUUUCCAAUUUCUUGUUCAUGUAAGAUUUCAAUAAAACUCAAAAAUCUAUUCAAAACAUUA